AUGAGUGAAGCACUGCAGCUUAAAAAUAAAGCUGUGCCAGCCGCACGCUCUCCUUGCCUCAUAGCCACGCCUGGCAAAGUUGAGGAAAUCAAGGACUUUCUGCUCACAGCCAGGCGGAAGGAUGCCAAGUCUGUCAAGAUCAAGAAAAAGAAGGAUUACGUGAAGUUUAGAGUCCGGUGCAGCACAUACCUCUAUACCUUGGUCAUCACGGACAAAGAGAAGACCGAGAAGCUGAAGCAGUCUCUGCCCCCAGGUUUGACCGUGAAGGAGCUGAAAUGA